AAAAAAUUGCGAAACUCAGUGAAGGACUGUGGUUGAUUUUCAGCAGUAAAAAUAAUAAAAUAAAAGGUUGUUUAAAAAAAUAAUUUCAAAUUUGUAAUGAAAAAUUGUCUUUUCGCAGCCCUUCUUUUGGGUUCCUUAAUUCCGCUAAUAUCAUCACAGAGCGAGUCAUUUGACUUUAUCGACUCUCAAGGUCGUUGCUGGCGUUGUGUAGAUGGAUCAUGUGCAUCAUGUCCAGCUGCUCUCCUUCCCCAAAUAAGAAUUCCAGGAGUAAUUUUCCCAGAUCCAUGGGAUUUAACAUGUCCAGGACCAUCAGCUCAAGAUUGCAUUGACUUUCCAACUGCUAAAUUUCCAGCAGAUGACAUCAAUUGGUACUGGGAUUGCGCCCAUCUAAGUGGCAACGUUCCACUCAGAUGCGAGUGCGACAAAGGAUUUGAUAUGAGACAACAAAUGUGUGUGUUUUCCAACAAUAUGCAGUCAAUUGGAUGCAACGAUCAAUCUUAUAGUAACAGUAUUAUUACUGAUUGCGCUUCAACAUCGACAACUGUAGCAACAACAACAACAGUUACAACAACAACUUCCACACCAUGUGUUUGUAUGCCAUUCUGGCCAUGCCGAUGUAAUCCAUGCUGGAAUAUGCCAUGUCACAGUUGUGGUGGAUGUGGAAUGAUGAUGGGAUAAGUUUUAGUAAUCCAGUAAAUCCUGAAGUUCUUUCCAUAAAAAAAAAAAAAUGUAAAAUCCACAAAAUUCACAAUUUUUCACCUUAUCCAUCGUGUUUUUUAAAUAAGGUUCAUCCAUGUAAAGUAUCAAGAUAAUAGUUUAAGAGAAUAAAGUUUAAAAAAAAGGUUCAGCAACAAAAAUGUGUACAAAAAUAAGAAAAUAGUAAUAAUGGAAUAAAAAAUUAACAUUUUUUCAUG